AUGAACACGUAAGUUUUGCACGAAUAAGUAGAAUUUGUGAACAAACCAAAUUCAGUGUUGUGGAACUUCCGACCUCUGAAACGCCUCUAGAAGGGAACAAACGUCAUUGGCAGACACCGUGUAACAAUUGCGGCAGCGCGUUCUUUCGACACAAAUGCAAGCAUCCAGAAACAAAAGUUGUUCUAUGCGAGUGAGUUUCUUCACUUGUAAAUUGUUAAACAAACAUUUUUCUGGAAUUCUGUUAAGGACGUGUUAUGGGUACUAUAUGAGAAGAGGACGUGAUCGACCAAGGGAAAUAUGGUCGUGAGUCUUUUCAUAGAAAUUACACACAAAUCGAUAAAAAAACUGUUCAGAGGAGAGAAACCGAAAGAAAACUUGGAACUGAGACAAUGCAAAAACUGCAAAAGAGUCCUCGCAGACAAUCGGUAUUUGGUAAAUCACUCGAGCAUGUGCAUGUUAGUUCUUUCUCAAACCAAAUUUAUAGUUUAUCGAAUGUUCUUUUCAGAAACUGUCACAUGUAUCUGAGAAAUAAUAAAAGAGACCGUCCAGUUGCAUAUGAACAGAAGUUUGUGAAAAUAUUACGUUGUUUGAUUUGGGAAAGGUUUUUUUUGCAGAAGAGAACAAAAUGUUGCAUUCCGAAAUGAGACAGAAGAAGAAGUGAGAGCAAGAAGAUUGGCUGAAGAGGAAGCGAAAGUGUAAGUUGCCACGUCAUCUUAUGUUAGCUCAAACGUUUUAUUACGUCACCCUUACAGAAUUGACAGUUUGUUCAAACUCAGAUGUGGAAACUGCAACGCAAAAUUGGUAAAAGGGGGAAUCGAACAUGUUGUGACCAGAACUAUAAUUUGCCUGUAAGCCCUUGUUUCUCAUAAUCUCAAAAAAUUAUCAAUUUCUAGUGACUGCUACGAUUACUACAACGCAUAUGGCAAAAACAGACCGUUAGAAAUCAAGGCAAAGUAUGUUUCCCCUUAUAAUUUCACUUUUAUAUUCAUGUUUUGAAAUAGGAAGAAGGAAAGAGCACCAGCGGAUAAUUUAUACCACAUUUACAAUGGGUUUCCACCUCAUUUUCCUGGACCUGGACAAUCUGGGAGUGAGAUACAUUACUGUCACAGUAAUCAACAUGGGAAUUAUGCCACGUUACCGUAUCAUACAAAUCAAGAAGGCAUAUUUUCAUUCCAUUCAUACUUGUCACCUCAUCAUUUUAAUCAGCAUCACAAUUACAACUUUAAUUCAAAUCAAACAGUAGCGGACAACCAUCCAAGUCAAUUCAUAGAUAGUGGUCUCACUUAUCACACGUCUGAUCAGUUCUGCCCUCUUCCUUCAUCGCAAACUUUCAAUACACACGAAUACUUUGACCAGCCCGCCUCCAAACUUCCUGAUUUCCCCUCAGAUAGCAGAAUUUCAAGUUUGUUACCACCUCUUCAGUUCAAGAAGGUCAUUCCUGCUAACAAUAGUGAUCACUAUCCAUAUGAUGAUGCGUUGUUGUGUUUGGACAAUUGGUCCUUAACAGAGGAGUUGCCAACACUUGACAUUUCCGAAAUCGAUUUUCUGUGAUAUGUUCUUGAUACGUAUCUAAUCAUAAAUGUUCAUUUCCAUCUCAAGAUUUCAAAACCUUGAAAUUAUAGUGGUUCAACUAUAGACACAAGUUUUAAAAGAGGUACCUUAAAAAAUGCCGACUUUGUGGGAGGUCUUGUUCGGUGAAGAUUAGAUCGCAGUAAGGACGGUGAUCGCACCCGAGAUAACCACUUCGGACGAACUCUAUCUCACAAAUCAUAUCAUCAAUCAAGGUUUUCGGUCUCGACUCUUUGCCGAAGGACACUUCGUUUUUGUUUUGUUUUGUUUAGUCUUGCAAAAAGAUAUUUCAUUAUGAUGAAAGCAUUCUCUUAUCUAUAUACUUCCAAUAAAAGAAGAACCGCUGCCGAAACGUUGUUUGUUUUCUUUCUCUCUUUUUCUUGCAUUUCGUCUUGUCACGUUUCAUAUCUCUAAAUACUUAUCUUCAAUCGCCAUUUUUCGUUCCGACCCGGUUUUUUCUCAAUCGGUAUUACCGAUGGCAGCACGGUUUACUCAUGAUUUCACACACAGUUGCAGUUUUCUUGGGCGACAAUAUGCAGAGUGUUCAAUCAUAUCUUCAACCAGAUCCACCGUUUCUCCAACCAGAAAUUGUAGCGCAACCGGUAAGAAUACUCAUAUUCUUCUAUCCUGUGCUCAUUUCGACUUUGUAGACACGUUUUUUCUGCGGUAACUGUGUGAAAUUCACGAAUGGAUAUGCCAAGCUGCAUCCAAGAACAAAAGAACCUUUGUGCGAGUGAGUUGAUAACUUGUAGUUAUCACAGAAGGCAGUUUUCUGUUUCAGUGCUUGUCAUUCAUAUUUUCUCAAGUUCAAAGUGAACCGGCCAGUAAAAAGAAGAGAGUGGGUAGCUUGGGGUACUGGCAACGUUCAAAUCGCAAUGAUUCAGACGGGUCCCGCCGGCUCUCCGCGAUGGUGAUCUCACUUGUGCCAAUUGUUACCAACUACUUCGGAAAAGAAUUUAUAGACACCCGAGAACUAGACAGCACAUUUGCAUGUGAGUUUUUUAAAUUGGCGGAAGCGAAAAUGUAUGCUUGCGGUAUGCUGAAUGUUUUGAUGCCUUUUUUUUGCGGAAUGAGAAAUAGGGAAUACGGAAUGAAAGUUCACUUCUGCGGAAAGCGGAAUUCAUUUUUUGAGGAAUGCAGAUUCCGCGGGCCUCUGGUGCCAACAAAAUCGAAACCGUCCGAUUCAGACUGUUUUUUCAGGAACUGCUACGAUUACCUUCGGAGAAACAAGAGAGAUCGUCCGUUGAUUAUGGAAAUAAAGUUAGUAAUAAACAGUUCCUCACAACUCAAAAAAAAACAUUUUCAGGAGGAAAAGAGUGAAAGCAGAGGAAGAAGCAAGGUCUAUGCAAUUGCAGGAGCAAAGCAUGCAGAUGUCGAAUGGGACUUUGAAUUCGCAGUAUGAAUUCAUUUUUCCUGAAAAAUAUCCGACUAGUUCUCUGAAUUACAGAUUGUCGACCGUGACUAUGAAGCCGCCAAAUGAGAGCAUUCCAGCAGAGCCCGAGUUUUCAAGUGUUUGGAACCAGCAUUUCUACCCACAAUGGAACGGACGACCGGAUAAUAGUUCAUUUGAUCAGAGGCAUUGGCCUGAAUAUCCGCCCUACCCCACAUCUCAUCAAAAUCAGCGUGUCAAUCAAUCUCACAGUUACAUUUACUCUUCUCAUAGUAUCACAGUUUACCCAGUCCGUCCUGCUGCCCCACCUUCGUAUGAUAGUCCCGGCCACUAUGACACCUCCGUCCGUUCAUCUCAUGUUGCCAAUUCCACUUGCAGCGUCAGUUACUAUAAUCAACAACCUGUACCGUUUCAGCAAAAUGGUCUUCCGAAAUUAGAAGUUUGCGAUUUUGACUUUGCCUAA